AUGUGUAGUAUGGAAGGAUCUGAUCUUGCUUUUGAGAUAGUAAAACGUGCUACUGCUGGAUUCGUAUAUAGUGAAGCUGUGGCCAGUUUCUUUUCUCCAUGCCCAACUUCUUCCUCUCUCUUCCACAUGACCUCACCCAGUCAUUAUCUUCGACAAAUUUUGGAGGCAUUUCGCUACUGUCAUGAUCACAAUCUUAUCCAUCGAGAUCUCAAGCCACAUUGUGUGGUAUUGGCAAACAAAGAGAACUCAGCUCCUGUCAAGUUGGGUGGCUUUGGUAUCGCAGCCCAAUUGGAUCCCGAGACCGGCAAAGUAUCUGGAGGUGAGCAACCAAACUUGAAGAGCCUUUUAUGCAUGAAAAACAUCUUUCAAUGA